AUGGAGAAAUUUGGUGAAAACUCUGCUGAUAACCUAAUAAUUUAUGGCGAUAGUUUAAAUGCUUUAACCAGUUUAAACAAAAUUCCGGAAUACCGAAAAAAGUAUGUUAAUAAAGUCAAGUUAAUUUACAUUGACCCUCCUUUUAAUACCGGACAAAUGUUUGCUAAUUAUGACGACCAAUUAGAGCAUUCAGUUUGGUUAACUAUGAUGCGAGAUAGAGUGCUAAAAGCCUAUGAAUUAUUAAACAAAGAAAAGUUAGAUUUUAACCGCCUACCUCGUGAUACCAAAAUGGAUAAAAACUAUAAAACUUUGACAACGACCCACGUGGACCCUGGCGAGGAAGUGAUUUUACUGUUGGAACUAUCACAAAAAACAGAUACACAAUUAUCACGCCAAGCGGAAAAGAAAUUGUUCCUCCCGUUGGACGCUCUUGGCGAAUGA